AUGGAAGAUGCAGGCAUGUUACAUCAAUCAUCAUGUGCUUACACCCCUCAGCAAAAUGRGGUUGCUGAGCSCAAGAACAGGCACCUAUUGGAGACAGCUCGAGCCCUUUUUUUCCAGCACAAUGUGCCCAAGCAAUAUUGGUCUCAAGCUGUUCUCACUGCAUCAUACCUGAUAAAUCGGAUGCCAUAUAAGGUACUGGGUCAACCUAGUGAGACUCCCACUAUGCCAGUUACUUCUCCAGAUUCGGCUGAUGCUUCUGAAGGUUCCAGUAAACAAGAGAAARAGAUACUYAHRUACAGUAGAAGGAAGAAGGGCCCUCAACCUCAUGAUUGCAACCAGUUGAACUCAGAUCAAUCUGUCUCUGCAAUCCAAGAAUAUUCGUUAAUGGCGGAUAGGGUAAAAGGCCUUCAUUUGGAGGCAGACCUUUCUUUAUGA